UAAACGAGAUUUCGCAUACCACCUGUCUGGUGUGUGCACGUAUCCUAUUUAUCGUUUUUUUUCUCUCAAUAUGACCUAACACAACAGCAGAGACUUGAAGCAAACCAUGAAGAAAAUUCGACGUGGAUCUCGUGGAAAAAAACAUCAGAGUAUUACAUUACGCAGACACAACCAGAAAGUGAUAUUGGAUUCUGUAAGAGAUGACAUAGAUGCCGUCCAAGAUAACGUAUUAAUGGAACUUGGCGCACAACUUGCGAUUAAACUCAAGGUUUCCAAGAAUUGCAAAAUAAAAGUGGACCGUGCGAUACAUAAUUGGACUGCACUAUGUGAAACUCAGGAGCAAGUUACAUCGAAUUCCUCAGGGUAUGAAACAGACAUUGCACAAGUUAACAAGGUACCUUUGCAUGCAAAUAUAUCGUGGGUUUCAUGGAAUCGCAGAUCAGCUAGCGAUAUAACGCAUGACAUACGAGAUGAAAGCAAGUCGACGGAAGAAGAGAAGGAAAUGAAUAGAACGACAGCUACAACUAGUUUCUCUAAAAUUGAUAUACUUGAUACAUGCAAGUUGGUGGAUAGGUUGAUGGGUAAAGAUGUUGAAGUAUGUGAAAAUGAUGCGGAAAACAUAUCAGACGGAACACAAAAUGCUGUUUCGAAUUGCAAGUCAAAAUUGAAGCUCAAAAUGGACAAAGUUACAGUAGCUGAUUACUUGUGUUCAUCUCAAAUACAAGAGAAACAUUUAGUCACAAAUCAGGUUGAUGGCAAAUCACCGAAGAAAAGUAGAAAAAAUAAAAUGGCAACUAGAGAAUCGACCAAGGAGAAUACACAGAAAGAAUGGUGUUGCGCUGAGGAAGAAGUGGUAAAGGAUAGUGCAGCGAAAAAAACUAAAAAUACACGAGAAACAAAACAAUCGCCAAAAAACACAUUUUUGGACCAUAUACCUGUGUUAGAAAUGAAAGAAAUCCUGAAAAAUCAGGCGUCCAGUAAUGUACAAUAUAAAAAGGGAACUCUCCGUGUAAACCCUAGAUACAGUAAUUAUGCUUAUAUAAGCAUAGCGGGCGAAGAGCGUGAUUUGUUAAUAAACGGUAUAAUUGAUAGAAAUCGUGCUUUCGAUGGAGAUUUAGUUGUGGCACGCAUAAAUUCCGAAGAGAAUUGGCAGACACUUGCCAAUGGAACGAUACAAAAGACUGGUACAGUUGUUUGUAUAUUAGAUAAAGUACAUCCGAGGAAGGUAAUUGGAUGUUUAGCACAACAUGUAGGAAAACACCAGCCUUAUGUGCUAAUCAAGCCAAAAGAUUUAAGAGUACCAUUGAUUAGAAUAUAUUCCAAGUCGUUGCCAAGCUCAUAUCAUAGUCAGCCAGACCUUUAUAACAAUGCGAUAUUUCUUAUCGUUAUUAAUCGUUGGGUACAGCCGAGUUACGCAUCAGGGAAGGUUCUCCAGAUAGUAGGUGAAGCUGGUGACUUAAAUGCUGAAUUAAUGGCGAUAUUACUUGAAAACAAUUUGGAUAUAUUGCCGUAUCGACAAGAGCUGCUGCAGGGGCUUCCCAAUGGUGAUUACGUCUUGACAAACGCUGAUACGAAGGGCAGAGAGGAUUGGAGGAACGAAUGUGUCUUCACAAUAGAUCCCGUCACAGCUGUCGACUUGGACGAUGCCGUUUCUUGUAAAGUCUUGAAAAACGGCAAUUAUGAGGUUGCAGUACAUAUAUCAGACGUGACGCAUUAUUUAGAAUUCCUCUCUCCAUUGGAUGAAGAAAUUUCUAAACGAGCUACCACCGUUUAUUUACCGCACACGUCUUACCAUAUGUUACCGGAACAGCUAUGCAGAGUCUGUUCUUUGUUGCCUGGCAAGGAUAAAUUAGCUUUUUCUGUCAUUUGGGAACUGACACCAAACGCCGAAAUUGUGAAACAUCGUUUCGCAAAGACUGUAAUAAGGUCAUGUUGUCAAAUGUCCUAUGACUCUGCUCAAAUUAUGAUCGACAACUCGGGAGGAUCUUCAUCCGAGAAGGAUCUGAACAUAAAGGGAGAUUUCACGGCCUCGUUAUUAUCCGUUGUAGUGAACAAUCUAUUUAAAUUGUCGGUUAUUUUGCGAGAUAAACGAUUUGCUAACGGUGCGCUCAACUUGAAUCAACCAAAGAUACACAUAUGUAUGGAGCCUACGAUCAGUCGGGAGUAUGGAAUUCCAAUACCUGUCAACUAUCAACUGGAAGAGAAGAAAGACAGCAACAGGCUUAUAGAAGAAUUUAUGUUGUUGGCAAAUAUGACGGUUGCCGCGCAAUUGUAUAGCACGAUUCCUGAAACGGCUUUAUUACGUAUCCACAGAGAUCCGAUCAAGCAUAGUCUUGUAACAACUUGCGAAACAUUGAGGAAAUACGGAGUCCAUUUAGAUAUUGAGACAGCUGGAACCUUAUACGCCAGUAUCCAACGCUAUGAGAAAGAUCUAUUAGAAUAUAAUUCUAGCAAAAUUAAUGAUACCCUGCAAUAUAUUAUGAUGGUUAUCACGAAUGUGUGUUCAAAAGCUAUGGCACGUGCGGAAUAUAAAUGCGCAUCUACCGUUUCCUCGAUCAGUGACUUGAGGCAUUACGCAUUGAAUGCGCCACUUUACACGCACUUUACUUCACCUAUUCGAAGGUAUCCCGAUUGCAUAGUUCAUCGUUUGCUCUAUGCAACGAUCGAGAACAAGCCUUUGCCGAAGAAAUGGACGGCUAGAUUUUGUUCCAAGAUAGCAAACAAUUGCAACGUGAAGAAGUACAGUGCAAAGAUAGCGCAAGAACAAAGUACCGAGUUAUUCUUUGUGCAUAUGGUAGACCUUGCGGGAGGUUUUGACACUCCGGCUAUCGUCGUAGAGGUGAAGGAACACAGUAUGGAUAUUAUUCUCUGCGAUACCGGAAUCAAGUUGAGGGUGUAUUUUAAAGACAUACAACCUACCACUGCCACUGUGGAAUAUUCUGCAGAUUUGUCGGUACCAACCGUAACUGUUCAAUGGAAGACACCUCCUAUUACACAGAUAAUCAAUAUGUUCUCCUUAGUACGUGUACGAGUGGAGAAAAUUAGCGAAAAAUUUCGCUUAAAAGCUAACCUCCUUCCACAGUAGCGAGGUGAUGCGGGAAUUUGUAACAUUUUUGUUUUUGUAUUUUUUUUACAAGGUAAAUGACUAAGUUUGCGUGGUGCGUCGGUGUAUGUGCACAGUGUGUAUUCACAAGUAAUGAAUAAUGAUUGUCAGUACGCAUUCGUGAAUGUGUAUCAACCAGCAUAUGUCAAUUGUACAAAAUAUGCGCGUUUUAAUAUAGUUCUGAUAUAUAGUUAAUGUGUUUAUAAAUGUAUUAACGUAUGUAGAAUAUGUAUUGUAAGAUACAUUUACAAAUGCAAAUUUAAAAUCGCCAUUCGUUACUCGUGAGUGCACUUUGCGCCAAUUUGUCUGCCGGUAAUUUAUGCAAUAUGACGAAUCAUUAUGACGAGAGAAAUUCUUUUUUUCUUCCUUUUUUAUAAUGUGUAUAUAGAGUUGGAAUCAUACAUUUAUAUGUUGUAUUGGAAAAUAUUAAUUCUACAAAUUUGGGGGAUCACAGAUGAUAAUUGCCAAGAAUACAAAAAGGAGAUAAUUUGCAAUUAUUGUCGGAUUAAAAAAUUUAUAGAAAUUUAUAUUGUUAAAGCGCAAAAGAGAACAACAUUUCAAUUUUAAACGUAUCACGUAUAUAUAUAUAUAUGUGUGUAUGUAUAUAUAUAUACACACACACACACGCGUAUAACGUUCUUGUAGAGGAGAUUUCUUCCUAUUAUUAUUGUAUAUAAAAAAAACUGAAUCAAGCAAGAGUCUCACUUGAGAGACCAUAUGAAUUUGUACAUAUAAUCUUGAACCUUGACAAUUGUAAAUUUGAACAAUAUUUUUUAACUUAAAUGAAAUUGUGUAUAUCGCUUUUUACAAUGUGAUCUACCGAUUCAAGAUCAAAAAUAUUUUUUACAUUAUUUUACAUGAGAUUGUGAUAUGUUAAUUUCUUAAGCAUCAAAUAAGCAUUCGUUUUUUCUACGCACACAGAUAACAAAGCAUCUGAAGCAGUACUUACUCUGAAUCGUUGUUAAGUGUGACAUAUAUAUACUUUAGCGAAGCGCAAAUUUUGUCACUAUAAACAUAUGUGGGUAAAAUAUAUAUGCGUAUGCAAUUUCUCAUCAAUUUACAUGCGGCUUUGAACGAUAUCAUCGUCUCGUGAAAACUGUAAUUAAUAUCAAGUCACGUAGAUGCGUUUACGUUGCACACAAUAUAGCAUUUUUUAUUGUAAAAUAUUAAUUUAUUGCAAAUACGACGUAUAUACGUGUACAAUCGAAUGCAUUAACGCUCUCCGAUGCAUCUGCGCUCGUUUUGGUGUGUGACACUUGUAAUAUGUGUAUCUUCUCGCUUGUAUAGUUAACAGCACAACUAUAUAUGAGAGAAAGAGGGGGGGGGGGGCGGCAACUUACGAUUA